AUGCCACAGGAUGAAAGGAGAAGAAAAUUAUGGUUUCAAGCAGCUCAUCGAGCAGAUAAACCAACAAAAUCAUGUUAUUACUGUUGUGAAGAUCAUUUCAAUUUGAAAGAGGAUAUGGAAAACUACAUACGAUUUACUAUGAUGGGAGGACCAAUUAUUUUAAAAAAAGAUGUUGUGCCUCAUAUUUUUGAUUGUCAUCCUCAACGUAAUACAGCAAGAAGUUCCAAGCCUAGAUUUGCUGCAGAAAAAUUAAAUUUAAAAAGAACAAUAACAGAAGUUUUAGCGGAAUCAGAAGGUGAUUGUGAGCAUAAAAAGAAUGUUGAAAAUGCUGCAUCAAGUUUUGAAAAAUGCUUAGCGAAACCACUUAUGGUAGACAGACAAUGUUCACCGAUUGUUUUUGAAAGUAGUAGCAGUGCAUCUCAAGCUACUACUACUUCAAAAACUGUUACUAGUUCCAGUCAUAGUGAAUAUCAACCAUCAACUGAUGAAAUAUCUAAUCUACUUGAAGAAAAAGAGUUAGAAAUGAAGAGAACGGCUUUACGACUAACUAAUUAUUUCAUUUCCUCUGAUUCAAAAAAUUACAUUGGACUUCCAAGCAAAUGGUUAUGGAUUAUUGAAGAAUUACAGAUAUUGACUGGCAUUCCUACUGAUCAUAUAAAAUUAAUAUUUAUGAAAAUUAGAAAAAAUGAUACUUUUAGAAGACUAGGUGAUCAAUUUGGAUUGUCUGCAGCAGGAGCAAGUAAAAUUUUUAAUAGAAAUGUUCAAAAAAUAGCUCAUGUAUUACAAACAUUAAUUUAUUGUCCAAGCAAAGAUAGUUUGAAAGAAGCACUACCAAUUCCAUUUCGACUGAAUUUUAGUAAUGUAGCUGGUAUCAUCGACUGCUUCGAAAUUCAAAUUGAAAAACCUUCAAAUGCUCUACAUCAGGCUUUGACUUGGUCGGAAUAUAAAAAAUGUAAUACAAUAAAAUAUUUAAUCUGUAUAUCUCCUGAUGGAUUUAUAAUUUUUAUUUCUGGAGGAUAUGGAGGAAGAGUAAGUGAUGUGGAACUUUUUGAAAAAAGUGUAAUUAUGAGUAUAUUGCCAGAGAAAAGUGCCCUUAUGGCGGAUAGAGGAUUUAAACAGAUUCAAUGUAUUUUACACAAAAAACACAUUGAACUUGUUCGACCACCUUCUGUUUCCACACAACAAAAAUCCACAAAAGAGGAAGUGCUUUUAACAAAACGUAUUGCUAGUUUACGAAUUCACGUUGAACGAGUUAUAAGAAGGAUUAGAGAAUUUUCUAUCUUAGAACCACAUGCUACGAUAGAUCACUAUACAAUGCCAUAUAUUGAAUCAGUCGUCAAAAUAGCAGCUUCGUUGAUCAAUCUUCAAGAGCCUGUUAUAAAAACAUAG